AUGGGUCGACCACUCUUUGUUGCACCUGUUGAGACCGACCUCCCCCACAAGGAUGCGCCAAAGCGCGACGUCCUCUCUCCGUCUCGUUCUGCCAUCAGGCGCUCAACCCAGACAGAAACACGCGAGCGACGGAAUCCCAACAGACGCUCCGGCGUCCGCAUCGUAGCCCUUCAACAACCACACACUCGUUCCACGCGACGGUAUCCUCCAUGGGGUGUCGGCGAGGGCACUAGGAAUCUUAUCCCGCCCCUGUACGACGAACCACCUCCUGGGUCCGCAGGUGACGUGCCCCGAGAUGUCAGCUCUAGGCCACCUCAGAGUGACCGCCAUCUAGAAGAUCGGAUGAGCUCCCUAUUUGGCGGUACUUGGCAUAACAUCGGGACUCCUUCUUCACCGCGGCAUGAUGAACCUCCACCGGAUGGAGACUUUUGGGGGAAUAUUGAACCUCGACCGCGGCGUGCGCGCAUCGUUGCACCAGACAAUCCCAGGCGCAAUCGCAGUCCCCUAGGACGUCGCUCAUACCAUAUCGGCACACCCCCCUACCGGCCGACGCGGGCUGGGUCUGAGAGGUUGCAGAGCGAGUCGGCGACGACAUCAAAUGAUGAUGCCGUACAACACUACGCUCUGCCAACGUUUAGAUCUCUGCGCCGAAACACGGCACGAGCAUUUCGAACUGUAAUGGCUGGGGAUGCAGCCGGGCGCAAUCGUCAGCGAAGCCAUGCUGCCGAUGGUUUGGGAGACCGCGACAGAAGCCUCAGCCCAGAGGUUUGGGACACUUUACUCUCGACACUGACUCCCGAUCCACAACCGCCUAGCGCAAGCUCUUCUUUUGCAUCCGCAGCAGUGCCUCAAAGCGCAGGCCCAUCCAACGCGCCUCCAUCUGCUCCAGGCCUGCCUGAAGAACUUGUGGACGGGGCUUGCGAAUCGGGACACGAAAUAUCUGACGAUGAAGAAGACGAGUGGUACUCUCAGCUCCCUGCUGCAAUGCGUAGCAUCACCCACUUUCGCCGCCGCUUUCGACGACGCCCAGCAGUGCCAGAGUAUAAUCUGGAUGGACCAUCAGAUGGACCCUUGGACGGACUACUAUCCGACCAGUCCCAAUCUGAGCGGCCUGGCCACAGUUUGCACGAUUCGCGGACAAACGGCUACGCCCUGCUGUUAACCCCCAACUGGAUCCCCCAGGCAGGAUCAGAAGAUGAAAGGAGAGCUGACCGGCUUCGACCAAACCGAGAAGGAUCAACAGGAAGCGGACCUGGCGCCCAGACAGGAGAUGAAGAGUGGCUAGGCAUGCGACGGAUCGUUCAGAGCCUUGCGGCGAGAGAAGAUAUCCCAGAUGAGUGGUGGGCUGAGGCUGGUCUCAGUCGAACCCUUCCCCAUGACGAGUCCAACUGA